AUGCCUACCAUCUCGGUCGACAAGGCCGCCCUGUUCAAGGAGCUGGGCCGAGAGUAUACGACGCAGGAAUUCGAUGAGCUUUGCUUCGAGUUUGGCAUUGAGCUGGACGAAGAUACCACAGACUCGGACCGACCGAUCGUGGAUGGAAAGCAGGUGCCGCCGGAACUCAAGAUCGAGAUUCCCGCCAAUCGAUAUGACUUGCUGUGCUUCGAGGGCAUUGCGUUGAUGCUCAACAUCUUCCUGGGCCGGGUAUCUCUCCCCGAGUACAAGCUGGCCCAACCGGCGAGCGGAGAACUAGAGAAAAUCGUUGUUAAGGAAGAUACUACGAAGAUUCGGCCGUACGUGUCGGGUGCGAUUCUGCGAGGAAUCAAAUUUGACCAGGCUCGUUAUGACUCCUUCAUUGCGCUCCAGGACAAGCUGCAUCAAAACCUGGCACGGCAACGGACUUUGGUCUCGAUUGGAACCCACGACUUGGAUACUGUCAAGGGACCCUUCACCUACGAGGCUCUGCCGCCCAAGGACAUCAAGUUUGUCCCGUUGAACCAGACUCAGGAGAUGGAUGCAGAGCAAUUGAUGACAUUCUACGAGAAACACCAACAGUUGGGCAAGUACCUACAUAUCAUUCGGGAUUCUCCCGUGUACCCGGUCAUCUACGACGCGAACCGGACCGUCUGCUCCCUGCCUCCGAUUAUUAACGGUGACCACUCCAAGAUUACAUUGAACACGACCAAUAUCUUCAUUGAGAUUACAGCCACGGACCAGACAAAGCUUGAAAUCGUGAACCGGAUGAUGGUCACCAUGUUCUCCCAAUAUACUUCGGAGCCGUUCACGUAUGCAGACCCUCUCCUAUUGACUAAAUAUCUGAGUCUCAUUUUUACUAGAAUUGAACCCGUCAAAAUCGUGUCAGAGCACAACAAGCAGACCCGAAUCACCCCGGACAUUUCUCCGCGCAUCACCGAGGCUGAUGUUAACUACAUCAACCAAUGCUGUGGCCUGACCCUCACUCCGGUCGAUGUCUGUAACAGCCUCCGAAAGAUGGCCUACCGCGCAAAACCGUCCACUACCUCAGCGGAUACCGUUGAGAUCGAAAUCCCUCCGACCCGCGCUGAUGUACUGCACCAAUGCGACAUCAUGGAGGACGUCGCCAUCGCCUACGGGUUCAACAACCUGCCAAGAUCUUUCCCAAGCAAGUCCGGUACGAUCGCCCAGCCCCUCCCCAUCAACAAGCUGUCCGACAUUGUGCGCACGGAGGCCGCCAUGGCUGGCUGGUCAGAGGUUCUGCCGCUGAUCCUGUGCUCGCACGACGAGAACUUCGCCUGGCUGAACCGCAAGGACGAUGGCAACACCGCCGUCAAGCUUGCCAACCCCAAGACGCUUGAAUUCCAAGUCGUGCGCACCAGCUUGCUCCCUGGCCUGCUCAAAACCAUUCGCGAAAACAAGAGCCACUCCGUGCCGAUGAAGGUCUUCGAGGUCAGCGACGUCGCCUUCAAGGACCUGUCGCUGGAGCGCAAGAGCCGCAACGAGCGCCAUUUCGCCGCCGCCUGGUACGGCAAGACUAGUGGUUUCGAAGUCGUCCACGGUCUCCUGGACCGCGUGAUGGCCAUGCUCAAGAGUGCCUUCAUCACUGGCGAGGAGGGCCUUGAGAACGCCGCCAUGAGUGAUGCGCAAUACUACAUCAAAGAACUGGAUGAGCCAACCUAUUUCCAUGGCCACGCCGCCUCCAUCCACGCCCGCAUUGGCGGUAAGGACCUGGUCAUCGGUUCCUUUGGCAUCUUGCACCCCACCGUGCUAGAGAAGUACGAGCUCAAGUACCCGACCAGCACCUUGGAGAUCAACAUCGAGGCUUUCCUGUGA